AUUCUAACUUGAGAUGCUGCAUUAACAGAGAGUAAAAUUGUUGAAAGCCACCAAGUAAAUACGAUUGGUUGCAGCAACUGCAUGAGUUCAGUGCACUGGCAUUGUCGCUUGUUAUACGCUCGUUUGAUCUCAUAUCUACGCCAAAUAUCACUGGCCAUUUUCUACAGCGUUUUUAGAUUGGUUUCUAAAUUUGUUUGCGUUAUAUUUAUAUUAAUUUAGCAAAUAACGUAUUCCACUGAUGCUUUUUUUUCUCUAUGGUCAUCAAUAUCAAUAAUAUACACUCCGUCUAACACAUCCAUCACACCCUAACAACGCUAGCUUGACGUUUUUCACCUUUCAUCAUUGAACCAACUCCAUAAAAACAUGUUUCUUCCACAAAACUUUGACUAUUAUAUUGCUCUACAUUUGAAUGCUUCAAUGUGCUAUUUGACAAAUGACAGAUAUCAUCUCAAAUCAGUCAAAUAAAUGUCUCAGAUAACCGAUAGUGGUGUCUACUAAUGGGACACAAACGGAACAAAUGAUCACAGACGACGAUACAGGCUAUAUACUACUACUCAUGUACAGUAUGUACAGGCUUUUGAGAUACAUUUACGUAUAUAUUCAUUCGCACAAACACAACGUAGCAGUGCUCCUGCUCUCCUCUAGUUGCUCCUCCCACCGCCACCACAUUAAUGUAAAUAUGAUGUCAUAUCGUACCAGCUACAUUAAUUGUUAUAAAUUGACAAUAAAUUUGUCCAAAAAAAUCCGUAGAUUGAAAAUUACAGAAAAUUAAAAAAAAAGGCUAUACAUUGUUUUGCUACAUUUCCAAGCCAAUUAUUAUUUAUUAUUUAGCAUUAUUGCUAAUGCCCCAUUACAGUUGCAGACACGCACAAACACACACAAUACCCAAAAAUCUUUUCUCUCCAUGGCUACUAAUAAACAAAAAUGUACUUCUCUUUUCUUGUUGAGUAUAACGGAGGUAAACAUGCAAAAGGUGGAAUAAAAAAACUCAAAUUCCAUUAUGCGAUAUUGAAAAAAUAUUUUGAAAAAUGGACAAUUUUGUGCAGUCAAUUAUCCAGAAUUGCGAAAAGAGAGGUCUAACUGUUUCAAAAGAUAUGGUUAUUUUCCUUAUAGAUCUACAUAAAUUGAAUCCUGAAUGUAUUACAAUGGAACAGAAUAAUGUGAAAAGUGUAAAUAAAAUUAUUCGCAUUAUAACAGAAAAACUAACAUCACAAAAUCGUCCAAGCUUGAUUACACUCAAGAUGCAAUUGUACUUUAUGAAGCAUUAUGGAACCAGAGCUGCUAUAAUAAAAAAGCACAGACAAAGACUUGAAAGAAAAAGUCAAUGGCUGGUUAAUGAAAUAUGUGAUGUAAAAAGAAUUAUUACUGAGAGAGACAGUGAAAAACUUUAUGAAAAAAUUAUCGUUAUUAUAACAUUAGUAAGCCGCCUAGGAAACGCCAUGGAUACUUCAGUAUUUAGAGAAACAUCAGUUGCUCUGCAGAGUGUAUAUGGGCAGAUGGAGCUUAAUCAUUUUGUUACUUUAUCAUCAGCAGAAAAAAAAUCUAAAUUAGCCCAACUCGUUAAGAUUGUUGCAGGAAUAAGAUUAUUCAAUAAGGAUUGUCAUAGAGGUGGAGCAGGCAUUGAUGACUUACCGCAAAUAUUACACGAAGCAAUUGAAAAAUCUCAUCAAUCUAUUCUUGAUUUUUUACAAAAUAUCAUGAAAAAAGUCUAUCAAUUUACAGCUGGAAUUGAAACCAUCGUAUUUACAUGUUCAUCAUCACCGAAAUCAUCACUUCUUAAUAAUAAUAAUAUUAAUAAUCCAACAGAUUAUGCUUGUUGGGCAAUUGAAAUGUUGACAGCAUAUAGACAACAAGAAAUUUUCAUUAGAAAACUCCUGGCAAAUGUUGAAUUUAGUGAGAAUCAAAUGAAAUCAUUCGUGGUACGCUUCAAGUCUCGCCUAUUGAAAAUUCACGCCACUGUUAGAUACCGCACAGCAAUCCCAACAAUUCAGAUUUAUCCACAAUUUAUUGACUUGGCAGACAUCUGGCUUAGUCUACAAAGUGAAGUUAUAAUUCUCAGUCAUAUAAAUAAUCUAGCAUGCCAAAUCAAAGCUCUAGCCAUGAAAAAUUUUCAUACUCACGACACUAUAAAUCAAUUGGAAAUUGAUCGAUUCACGAGAAGCACAAAUAUUCCAUCUGACGCAGAGAGAUUAGAAAGGUCCAUGGGAAAAUUAAUAACUGAAUGCGGAGAGUGUUUGAUAUAUUAUCCAAAUAGUACGAAAAACUUUGAAAAAAUUCAACUCGAGUUUUUAGGAUUUUGCGCAUGGAGUUUUGUAGCAGGAUCUGGUGCACUGAUACCAGGCAAUCCCAAUAUUGGUGUAGUCAUGUGGCGAGGCAAGUACUUUGCUUUCAGUUCGAAUGAUGCUGCAAAGAAAUUUGGUGAUGAUCCGAAUAGAUUUCUCUAUGAAGCGAUAGAUUUUAUUCGCCGACAUCCUGAAUAUAUUCACCUUUUUCAAAUUCAAGAGGACAUUAAAAAUAUGAAUAAUGGCAAUGAAUUUCUUGAUACAGAGCACACGUUGAAAAAACAACAGAAUCAGACUUGUCAAACAGAUGUUCAUUGUUUCACUCCAAUAAUCAGCCCAAAAUAUCACCAUAGUAUUUGGAAAUAUAAAAAAAAAGCCUUGAAAUUGGCAAACGUUUUGGAUUGUGUUACGAAAAGUACUCAAACAAGUAUUUGUCAUUUCAAGAGGUCAAGAAAAAUUCAAGCAUCAGAAUUGAAAACCAUAUCUAUACAAACAUAUAAACAUCAUUAAAGCAGCGAAGCAGUUAUCAAAGAUAAAUGUGGAGAAAUCCCAGUAGUAGUACCUAUUUAUAAAGACAUUGUCAUUUAUAAGCUACAUAAUUGGAUAGAAGGCUGAGAAAAUUAAAUAAAUGGGACUUGAUAAUUAGAAACUUUCGUUUUUUUUCUUCUGGUUUGCAUUUAUCAUCAAUUACAUUCUACACUUGUAGAUUUCAAGUAAAGUUUAUUCGAAUCAGCCCUACGACAUUGGAAAAAACAACUCUUUUCUAAAAUACAAGUUGAAUUUUUCCAUUUUAUGAUUUAUGCGAUUUACUUCAAUACAAUCACUUAAUAAUUUUUGUCCGGUAUACCUUAAAGAUUAGGUCAAUUUUUUUUACACCAAAAAAUGACUACAGAACACGACAAUUAAUUAAUUACACGUUUCAAUACAAUCAAGUUUUUCCUUUUAAAAUCUUUCUUAGUGUGUUUGUUUCUCUCCCUUAUUCAAAGAUAAUUUCUCAUCGUUUCAGCUUUUGUUUUAUUGCGUAUAAUGUACUAUUAUACGGGAAAGGUACACAAUAUUCAAGGAUGUGUAUGUUAUGCUUGCCUUAAUUGGUUCAUUCCAGACUUUUCACCAACUCUUUAAUUUACUGAAUGUCGCUUUCAGUCAUUAUCAUGGUAAUUAUGUAAUUAUUUCAGUUUUAUUUGUUUUAAGUAAAAUAAAAUAAACAAUAGUCAUUAAUGAUUAUAUUGGUGCACUGUAUACAUAUUGGAAAAAAUAAUUGGACAAAAAAAAACAAAACAAAAAACAAUGACAGGAAAAAUUUAAACUUUAUCAAAUUAGAAUCAAGUUUGUGGAAAUCAUGGAAUGCCAAUAGGGGAUUCAGCAUUUGACAAUCAUUAAAAGUUUUUCAAGGAAUAUGGAAAGAAAAAUAUAAUAAAAUAGAAUGGAAAAAAAAAUCAAUGAUUAAUCCUGAUGUAUC